AUGCUUCUCACCAGAUCUUUUCUAUUCAUAUGCUUUAUCAAAAUUUCGAUUCUUCUCGCUGCUGAACAAAAAUUCAAAAUUGUCUGUUACUUCGCUAAUUGGGCGGUAAAACGUCCCGGUGGAGGCUCAAUGACCCCUGAAGAUAUUGAUCCGUGUCUAUGUACCCAUGUUAUCUAUGCUUUUUCGGAAAUGGAUAAUAAUCAGUUAACACCCAUGGAAAAACAUGAUCUGAAAGAUGGAAAUCAACCAGGUUUUUUUGAACGAUUUAAUGCUUGGAAGAGUGUAAACAAGAAUUUAAAAACGCUAUUAGCUGUUGGUGGUUGGGAUAUGGGAAUGAAGGAUUUCGCAGGUAUUGUGAAGUCGGAAAAGACAAUGGUGAAAUUCGCUGAAUCAGCUAUAAAGUAUCUACGAAAGCAUAAAUUCGACGGUCUUGAUCUGGAUUUUGAAUAUCCAGGAGUUGACUGGCGAGACAGUCCCAAAGAAGAUAAACAGAAGUUUACGAGAAUGUGUGAAAUUUUGUACGAAAUGUUCGAAAAAGAAGCGGAAAAAACUGGAAAUGAACGUCUUCUUCUGACAGCAGCUGUUGCAGCUGCUAAAGUCAACAUCGACAAAGCGUAUGAAAUAGACAAACUCGUUCCAGUAAUUGAUUGGUUCAAUUUGAUGACUUAUGACUUUCAUGGAUCAUGGGAUCAGAAUCGAGCGCAUCAUUCAUCUUUGAAUAGCAAAGAUAAUGAAAAAGAUGAUACGAUGUACACUGAUUUUGCUGUGAAAUAUUUUCAAAAAUUAGGUAUGCCUUCUAAUAAGAUGAUGCUAGGCAUCGGUACAUAUGGACGAGGUGAUACUCCCGCGAUGCCGUAUACAGGAUUCAAAGGUGAAAGUGGUUUUGUUGCGUAUUACGAAAGCUGUAUUCAAAUUGUGUGUGAGAAUAUGAAAGAAACUUGGGAUGCUAAACAACUUGUUCCAUACAUUGCUGGUCCGUAUAAUCAACCAAAAGCAGGCGUGGAGAAUGUUCGAAGUAUCAAAUAUAAAGCAAAUUAUAUCAAACAAAAUAAUUUGGGCGGUGCAAUGAUUUGGACACUCGAUAUGGAUGAUUUUCGUGGUCAAUUUUGUUGUCAGGGCAAAUUUCCUCUAAUUAAAACAAUCAAAGCUGUUCUUCAUGGACAACUAAAAUUGUUGCCAAAGGAGAAAAUCUGUUCAACUUGUCCAACGAAAGAAUAUAAAGACUUUAAACCUAAUUCACAAUCUCAACCACAAACGACGGCGAAGCCAACCAAGAAGCCAAAGAAAUCGAAACGUGAUGCCGAGGGACCAACACCAGAAGAUGUGUGUGAAGAACUGAAAGAUGGACAAUGGCCAGAUCCAUCCGAUUGUAAAAGUUAUUUUCUUUGCCGCGGUGUAGGCAGUCAAUGGGGAGAACAAAAACGUGAAAUGUGCUAUGCCGGUUCCUAUUUUGAUCCUAAUGAUAAAACAUGUAAAUGGGUUGGUGCAGAUAAGAUAAAUUGUGAAGAACUGAUCGAAGGUUAUGAAAAUCCUGUGGCAGGCGUCACUGGAACUCCGGACAAUGAGGAAGAUGAAGAUGAAGAUAUAACAGGUGACAUAGGUACAGUAUCAAAUAAAAAGAGUAAAGCAACGUCGUCAUCCAGUAAAUCAAUGGCAAUAUUGAGUCGAUCGAUAUCUGAAUAUGAUACCUGUGCACCUGAGAAAUCGGUUGAAUUCGAUCCCGUACAAGCAUUCUAUAGGUAUGCUUUGCUACUCUUGCGAAAGUCCGAAGGAGAACAGCGAAUGUCAAAUCAGUCCCAAUCAGACAACGACGAUGAUGUGCGAAUCGAAACAACACAUCUGUUACAGCAAAAAAGUCACAAACGGCGUCGGUAA